AUGAGGUCUCGGGAGUCUUUGGGGGCCUUUUGCAGCAACUACACGCAGAAAACAGCUACAGAUGGACCACCAUGCCCCAAGAUCUGCAAAGCAGUGUAUGACACACAUGGACAGACUUAUGAAAACCCUUGUGAAUUCUGCAGAGCACCCAUAAAUGUAGUGAACUUUUUAGAUGCCAUGCUUUUUGAAAACCACGAAAUACAGUCAAGAAAACAAUGGAGAAACCAAAUUACUCAAGUGUCUUCAACCCAAAUUUCAAAACCAAGCGUUUUCAGUGUAGAAGAUAAUCAAGACCCUGCACUUAUUCUCAAGAGAAACUAUGAAGCUAGUCAUCCAGGAGGACCACAAGGAUCUAAUGGACAAGGAAGUGUUCACAUCCUAGGAGAACCAGCCAUGGUUACUCUGCAAGGAAGGCCAGAAUAUCCUAACCAGCCAAUGAUACCAGGGAAAUUCAAUCCACAAGGAAAGCCAGAUAUUUUGAACCAGCCUGCGGUAUCUGGAGCUUGGGAUUUACAAGGGAAGCCAGGAUCUUUUAGCCAACAAGGGUUGGCAGGGUUGCCUAGCCAGCAAGGGAUCGCAGGGUCAUCUAGCCAACAGGGUAAACCAGGGUCUGGUAACCAACAAGGGAUGUCAGGGUCACCUAGCCAGCAAGGAAUUUCAGGGUCAUUUAGCCAGCAAGGGAUGACAGGGUCUUCUAGCCAACAGGGAAAGCCAGGGUCAUCUAGCCAACAGGGCAAACCAGGGUCAUCUAACCAACAGGGUAAGCCAGGGUCAUCUAGCCAACAGGGUAAGCCAGGGUCAUCUAGCCAACAGGGAAAUCCAGGGUCACCUAGCCAACAGGGCAAACCAGGAUCACCUAGCCAACAGGGCAAACCAGGGUCAUCUAGCCAACAGGGCAAACCAGGGUCAUCUAGCCAACAGGGCAAACCAGGGUCAUCUAGCCAACAUGGCAAGCCUGGGUCAUCUAGCCAACAGGGCAAGCCUGGGUCAUCUAGCCAACAGGGCAAGCCUGGGUCAUCUAGCCAACCACGAAAAUCAAGAUCUCUUUACAAGCAAGGAGAAAGAAAACAUGCAGCCAACCCUUUGAACAGUAAUAAAAUGGAUACUCAGAUUAGAAGCAUCCCCACAAAGAACCCAACUAUAAAUACAAUGUGUGAAUCUAUCUACAAACCAGUCUGUGGUUCUAAUGGCAAAACCUAUGGGAAUAAUUGUCUAUUUAAGGAAGCAAAGAGAUUGGAGUCCAUCAAGAUACAAAUAGUCAUUGAGUUUCUCUAUGCUGCCCUAUGUGUACUUGUCAUACAGUACAAAAUUAUUCAUCCUCUUCAAAUUCCGUUUUCUAAGAAGACUGAAGCCUGGUAA